AUGACUCUUCCCUUUAAUUUAUUUCACACACUCAUAUCCAUAACCCUCGUCUCUCUCCUCCUGGCCACGUCAGCCCUCAACCAAACUAAUUAUAUUGUCUACGUGAAGAAGAUGAAUCCAAGCACGGCCGGCGGUGCUCAAACCAACGCCAUAAUAUUGAGCUACCACAAGACAUUUCUUCCUUUGGGAGCCAAAGACUGCCUGAUCUACUCGUACAAUCACGCCAUCAGUGGCUUCUCGGCAAGACUAUCAGCCAAACAAGUCGAAAUCAUCAAGGGCAAGGAAGGCUUUAUCUCGAUGCUACCCGACCGUGCACUUUACCGUCCACUCACGACCCGUUCCCCUGGAUUCCUCGGGCUGAACCAGAAGAGCGGAGCCUGGCCGCGGACGGGGUUCGGCAAGGGAGUCGUAGUCGGGGUCAUCGACUAUGGGAUAACCCAGGGCCACCCAUCCUUCGGCGACGCCGACAUGCCCCCCCCACCUGCCAAGUGGAAGGGGCAAUGCGACUUACCUGACAAGUUUGGGUGCAACAAUAAACUCAUAGGCGCGCGGGCGUUCCAUGGCGGCAACGCCUCUGCUACGCCGGUGGAUAAUAUCGGCCACGGGACCCACACGGCCAGCAUAGCCGUUGGCGCAUUCGUGCCCGGCGUCAGCUUCGAGGGAAACGCUGCAGGGACCGCGUCUGGGGUAGCCCCACACGCUCACCUCGCGGCAUACAAAGUCUGCUUUGAUCCCGACUGCAAUGACAGUGACAUUCUAGCCGCUUUUGAUGCCGCCAUCGAGGAUGGGGUGGAUGUGUUGUCCAUGUCCUUGGGCGCUUCGUCUGAACCAUUUUACGCAGACAUUACAAUGUCAGGUGCUUUUGCAGCGGCAAGGAAAGGAAUCCUCACCAUCCUGUCGGCAGGGAACGACGGUCCGUCCGCCUCGACGGUAUACAAUGAUGCAACCUGGGUUCUCACUGUCGGGGCAAGCACGAUUGAUCGAAGGAUUCGGGCCACGACAAAGCUGGGAAACGGAUUCGCGUUUGAUGGGGAGUCAUCGAGGCAACCCAUAAACUUCUCUUCUCAAAAGUUUAGGCCGCUCGUCUACUACAACAACUCUGGGAAACAAUACUGCUACAAUGGGUCGCUGGCGGGAUUCGAUGUUAGAAAAAAAAUUGUGUUGUGCGAUGCGAAUGAAUUGAUCUUCCCAGGGGAACAAGCCCGAGAAGUUAAGGAUGCGGGUGGUGCCGCCAUGAUACUGCCCAACCACGAAGCCGCCGGGUUCAGCCACAAUUCUUAUCUCCUCGACUUACCAUCCACGAUCGUGUCCUUUAGGGCGGGCCUGGAAAUAAAGGCCUACAUAAAGUCAACAUCCUCCCCAACGGCAACAAUCUUUUUCGAGGGGACGGAGCUCGAGAACCCAAUUUCUCCCACCGUCUCCUUUUUCUCAUCUAGGGGUCCCAGUAGCCAAACUCCUGGGGUUUUGAAACCAGAUAUCAUUGGGCCGGGCGAAAACAUUCUCGGCGCGAAUCCUCUAAGCCAGUAUAAUUUAGGGAGGACAUUCACGAUCAAUUCAGGCACAUCGAUGGCGUGUCCUCACCUUUCUGGGGUCGCGGCUCUUCUCAAGAGCGCCCACCCCGACUGGUCGGUGGCGGCCCUAAAAUCUGCUAUCAUGACUACUGCGGACCUCGUCAAUGCCAACGACUUACCGAUUCUCGACGAGAAACUUACACCGGCUAAUGUAUAUGCGGUGGGGGCCGGCCAUGUCAACCCGAACAAGGCGUUGGAUCCGGGUCUGGUCUACGACAUUGCAAUGGAUGAGUACAUCCCAUUUUUGUGUGGCUUGGGAUACACGGAGAGCCAGGUCGAGAUGAUCACACAAGAGCUAGUAAGUUGCUUCUCUAAAAUCCCUCAGGGACAACUGAACUACCCCACGUUCUCAGUUAAACUAGGCCCGCCCCAGACUUUCUCCCGGAUCGUCACUAAUGUGGGUGAGCAUGUCUCGUGUUACUCUGUUAGGAUAUUCGAGCCUCUAGGUGUGAAUAUUGUCGUGAGGCCAUCAAAGAUGUGUUUCACAAGGUUGAGGCAGAAGGCGACGUACUACGUGACGUUUCACCGCAGCAAGAACAUGACCGGUUCAGGGAAUAAUGCAUAUGUUGCACAAGGCUACUUGCUUUGGGAAUCAGAAAAGCACACAGUUAGGAGUGUUAUAGCUGUCAACAUUACUCGGCAAGUCUUCUAA